GCAACCCGCGCGGCUCUCUUGUGUUUUGCGCAUUUCUCGCUUGUUUUUUUUUUAGAGCCCUGGAAGUAUUCUUUCCCAACACAAGGACGUGUUCUGUAGCGAAGAGAAAGAGCGACCCCGACUUUAGUAGACAUGUGCGCGAGACAAGGCUGUCAAUUGAAGACCCUCUUCGGGGUUUUGGUUCUCGCUUCUGCUGCCGUGGUGAAAAUACAUGGACAAGCUCCAAUGGAAAUCUACGGCAUCAGUAAGAGGACAUUGGACCCAGACAGGGACUCUCCAACGCAGAACACAGAAAGCGAAGUCCACUCUGUCACCACCCCCUCACCGAUGAACGUACUCAACCACCAGCCGGUCCUAAAGGGCCUGCUGCUUCCUGGGCAGCUCCUUAUCAGGGACUUCCAGGGGGACCAGCACUUUUUUAGGAGUGAUGGCUCUGUGGCUGCAUAUUCCACCCUGCCAGGCUCAGAUUCAGACCCCGUCACUCAGGUGGUGCCGCACGAGGAUGCCCCGGCCUUCUCAGACAUUGCCACUACUUCCACUGUGGCUGCCACCUCCCCACUGACCACUUUUUCUCCCACAACGCCAAGGCCAUGGCUCAUGUCUCUGCCUCAAAAGAAGUCCUCAAAGACAACCUGGGCUGACAAGGUGGAGCGAACGACAGACUCCCUCACAACUCAUGUGACAGCAAUUAAUAGAGGUUCAGUCACAGACAACCCAGCGGCUUCCUCUUCCAGGCAGAGGCCUCAAAGUUCUCCCGUAGAGGCCACCAUGGCACCCUCUUCGAUGAGGAUGGAGAAAGGCGAGGCUAGGGUGACAGCACUGAAAGACAAACUGAGGCCUGAUCUUCCACCGCCCAAUCUAACCACACGAGAGGAAGGUCCCGCCACCACCAUCAUCACAACCAUCACAACCAUGCAGACAGCAGAGCCAUGCAGCCUGAAUUUCACUGACCCAGAGGGUAACAUCGAAAUCCUGCAGCAACUUGACUCUGGAGUGGAGUGUAACUACCUAGUGACGGUCUACCUGGGAUACGGCAUCGAGGUUCAGGUGCUGAAUGUGAGUGUGUUGGAGGGGGAGCAGGUGAUAGUGGAGGACACGGGUGGCCGGGAACCCUUCAUCCUUGCCAAUGAGUCGGUGUUGAUGAGAGGCCUCGUGCUCCGCAGCUGGAGCAACCAAAUCUCCAUCAGAUUUCGUGGUGACAAACAGCGCAACUCCAUGUUACUCCUGCUCCAUUACCAAGCCUUUGUGCUGAGCUGUGCGUUCCCCAAAGAGCCUGCCGGAGGAGAAGUUUCUGUGACGCACCUCCACGCUGGAGGAGAAGCCUUCUUCAGCUGCUUCACCGGCUACAAGCUGCAAGGCCCCAAAAUGCUCACCUGCCGCAAUGCAACCACGCCUUACUGGAGUGGAAAGGAGCCCCGAUGUGUGGCAUCCUGUGGGGGGAUGAUCAAAAACGCCACCUAUGGUCGUAUCGUCUCUCCCGGUUUCCCUGGCAACUACAGCAACAACCUGACGUGCCACUGGGUCCUUGAGGCCCCUGAAGGCCAGCGGCUCCACAUCCACUUUGAGAAGGUGGCUCUGGCAGAGGAUGAUGACAGGCUGCUGAUUAAGAAUGGCAACAACAUAGACUCCCCCCCAGUGUACGACUCCUACAAGGUUGAGUAUUUGCCCAAUGAGGGUGUGCUCAGUACCGGACGUUACCUGUUUAUAGAGUUCACCACAGACGGGACAUUGACCUCCACUGGAGCAGCCGUCAGAUAUGAAGCUUUUGCCAAAGGUAUGUGCUAUGAGCCCUUUGUGAAGUACGGGAACUUCAGCGGCAGCGACUCCGCCUACGGUCUGGGUACAGUGGUGGAGUUCUCGUGCGACCCCGGCUACACGCUGGAGCAAGGCUCGGUAGUGAUCGAGUGUGUGGACGCACAAAACCCACAGUGGAAUGAGACGGAGCCGGCAUGUCGAGCUGUGUGCAGCGGGGAGAUCACGGACUCUGCCGGCGUGGUGCUGUCUCCUAAUUGGCCCGAGGCCUACGACAAGGGUCAGGACUGCAUCUGGGGCAUCCACGUGGAAGAGGACAAGAGGAUCAUGCUGGACAUCCAAGUUCUCCAUAUUGGUAAGAAUGACCUGCUGACCUUCUAUGAUGGAGACGACCUGACAGCCAACAUCCUGGGACAAUACAGCGGUACAAAGCCACACUUCAAGCUCUAUACCUCCAUGGCGGAUGUCACCAUUCAAUUUCAGUCCGACCCUGCCACCAACAUCUAUGGCUACAAUAACGGCUUUGUGGUCCACUUCUUUGAGGUGGCGAGGAACGACACCUGCUCCGAGUUGCCGGAGAUCACCAACGGCUGGAAGAGCACGUCCCACCCUGACCUCAUCCAUGGCACCGUCAUCACCUACCAGUGCUACCCUGGGUUUGAGCUGGUAGGCUCGGAGAUCCUCAUGUGCCAGUGGGACCUAACAUGGAGCGGAGAUGUGCCCAAAUGUCAGGAAGUUUUGACGUGUCAGGACCCAGGGAAUGUGGAGCACAGUCAUAAGGUGAUAGCAGGGAACCGUUUCAUUGUUGGAUCAACAGUGCAGUUUGUCUGUAAUAAAGGCUACAUCCUGUCCGGCAGCAGCCUGCUCACCUGCUACAACCGAGACUCAGCCACACCCAAGUGGAACGAGAGGCUGCCCAAGUGCACCCCUGAGAAGUACGAGCCGUGCAGGAACCCCGGCGCCGCCUCCACCAGUGAGCAGAGCUCUGAGAAGGCCUUCUACCAAGCAGGAGAGACGCUGAGCUUCUCCUGCCACUCGGGUUACGAGCUGCAGGGCCAUGGCUCCAUCUACUGCAUCCCCGGACACCCGUCACAGUGGAACAGCACCCCCCCUGCCUGCAGAGCCUCAACCGAAUUUGUGAAUGAACGCAGGCUAGAUGUUGUAAAUAUGGAUUACAGCAUGGAUGGAACCAAUAUUGCCCUUGCAGUUUUUAUCCCGACUGCAAUCAUCCUGGUGGUUGUUCUCGGGAUUUAUGUCUACUUUGCAAAGAUCCAAGGGAAGACCAUCAGAAUGCCGACAUCCCUGCCGCCGUACAACAACAUGACCGAAGAGUCAGCUUUCGACAACCCUGUGUAUGAGAGCGGACACUGGCAGUCUCAUUCUAGAUACUAAACCCAGUUUGUUCAAUUUGGCCGUACUGCUGAAGAACUUUGAGGGCAAAUGAAAAAGAAUAAAGGUGUCCAUUUAGAGACCUUUAAGAAAGAAUUGCUCAAGCUUUGCCUUUUGGGACCCUCUCUGCACUGCUCAUAUUUUCUCCGCCAACCUUUUUGUUCCAAAAUGAUUUUUUUCCAUUUUUCCCCUUUCGUGUGUAUUACUGUAAAUAUGUCUCUCUGUCCACGGUCUAAUCUGUGAAUCUGUGAACCACCAUGGUGAUAUUUUUAUAAAGUAAAAAGGUGACGACCGUUGGUGAUUGUAUGUUUUUUGAUUACUUUUUCACGCCCUAAUGCAGUAACAAUUAGAGACUGAGGGGCAACAAUGCGUUGAUUGUUGAGAUCUGUUGAAAACCAAUAUCCAAUUAUCCAUAUUCUUUGGAAAUUUGACAUCAUUACUUUAUUUUCUUCGUGUGUAUGGGUCUGCUAUUUGUAAAUAAACUGCCUGUCCAAUACGAGUGCCUCACGACUGACUAUAACCUGAAAAUCACGUGUGAAAAUGUUUGUAAGAAAAUUGAUAUCUUUUGUUUAACUGUUAUUUUGUAGGCCUGACAUUCUUAGCACUCCACAUUAUGCUCGGUCCUUUCCAUCAUGCAGUGUCACUUCUAGAAACAAGGGGAAAUGAUGCUGGAUAUUUCCCUAUACGAGCUGAUGUGUUGUUCCAACUGCAGACAGCCUCAGAGGAUUUCUCACGUCAGCUAUGCAUUACUUUGUUUUAUGUCAAACUGUAAAGUCUGCCUCAAAGGUUAAGUAGCAAUUUGUCCGUUUGUGUGUGUUCCAAAAUGUGGUUGCAUCUCAGCAUUUAUGGAGAUAAAGGCAAAUGUUGGGAUAACAUAAAGUAAUGACGGGCUUACUGAUGCAGGCAACAUCAGAUUAAAUCCUGCAUUGCAACCUAUAAAGUACAGUGCACAAAAUAGAUCCCCAUGUAACAGGGUUUUUAAUGUCGUUAAAAAGUAUUUCUUUCAGCAUCACAGCUGGUGCAACCACACCCAGGAACCAGAUUACCUUCAAAUAUCUAUAUUGCCCUGAUUAAUAAUACAAUAAAUUGUUGUUUAAAGUAU